AAGCAGAGACUGAACUCAGAGCUGGGUUAAAGGGAGAGAGAGAGAGAGAGAGAGACUGGCCGAAAAGUUGCACAGCCACGGCACAAGGCUCCCACACUGAACUCCACCGCGGGGACGACUCCACUCCUGUAAGUCAUUUACUCAGCCCGCUCACUGUUCAGACUCUUCCAGUGCGCAGAGGAAGGCAGACCGCCGGAGCACCAGCUUCUUCUGCCCCACACCAGCCGCACCGCCGACGAGCCCAGCCAAAAGCCGAGCCUACAGCUUCCCGUUAGGUCAGGUCUCCCAGAGCCCCCGAGCGAGAGAAUGAUGAAGAGAGCUCUUCUGAGGGCGGCGACGCUGGGCGUCACGCUGCUGCUGCUGCUGCUGCUGGAGGGGGCCGGGGCGCAGCUCCUGAGGGACCCCAGGAAGAGGAUGGCGGCGGCGGCGGCCGCGCCCAAGGCCCCCGGGAAGGGCCAGUGCUGUGACGAGGUGCGCUCCCUCAAGGUGCAGGUGGCCAACCUGACCAGCCUGCUGGAGGAGCUGACCCGGCGCCAGGAGAACGUGGUGCGGCAGAUGAUGGAGCUGGACCACCAGACCCGGCAGCAGGAGGCCCGCGUCACCGAGGCCGAGUCCAAGUACUCCGAGAUCAAUAACCGCGUGGGUAUCAUGCAACUGCAGGCGGCCCAGGCCGUCACACAGACCUCCGCAGAUGCCAUCUAUGACUGUGCAUCACUGUACAGCAGGAACUACAAGAUCUCUGGAGAGUACAAGCUGCCUGCAGAUGAGUUCCUGGGUACUCCAGAACUGGAGGUGUUUUGUGACAUGGAGAGCAACGGCGGCGGGUGGACGGUCAUCCAGAGGCGCAAGGUGGGCCUGACCUCCUUCGACCGCGACUGGAAGCAAUACAAGAAGGGCUUCGGCACCAUCCGCGGGGACUUCUGGCUGGGCAACGACAACAUCUUCCGUCUGACCAGGCAGCCCACUGUGCUGAGGAUUGAGCUGGAGGACUGGGAGGGUGAGAUCCGCUACGCCGAGUACCAGCACUUCACCCUGAGCAACGAGCUCAACAGCUACAAGCUCUUCAUCGCCAACUACAGCGGCACCGCUGGCCAGGACUCCAUGCGCUACCACAACAACACCAACUUCAGCACCAAGAACAAGGACAACGACAAGUGCGUGGACGACUGUGCCAAGCUGCGCAAAGGUGGCUACUGGUACAACUGCUGCACCGACUCCAACCUGAACGGCGUGUACUACCGCUACGGAGAGCACACCAAGAACACCGACGGCAUCACCUGGUACGGCUGGCACGGGCCCAACUACUCCCUCAAGAGGGUGGAGAUGAAGAUCCGGCCCCAGAACUUUCAACCCUAAAAGACUCAACACCCAAAACGGGAGGGGGACCAAACACCCCCAGCCCCUGGCCCAGCCGACCAAUUUAAAUCAACCCAAACAACCUGAACCGCAUGUGGCUUCUCCAUAACUGGGAACAUUUUGAUAGUUUUAUUUUAUUAUUAUUAUUUUUUUUUUUUGAUGGAAUAUUUCUUUGGAACAAAAUUGUGCUGUAUUUUAUGUCUUGAUUGUAAAUUGUAGUUGAAUUUUAAGUAUUUAUCAUUUUUUGAGAUAUUUUCUUUAAGCUUCUCAGAAAAAAAAAAAAUGCUGUUGGAAACCACCUUUACCACUGUUUGAUGAAAGUUAGUUUUUAUCAGAAGAAUGCUUCUUCUGUGUGUUGAGAGUGAGUCUGGAAUGGAAGAGUAACCUUUCAUUGAAAUGUUAAAACCUUUUAGGUCACCAACAGUGCAUUUCAUGUUUUUUUUUAAUGUCUGCUUCACUGUGAUAGAUUGUACUAUAAAAUAGCCAUAAUUAUUUAACAGUUGCAAAUACAAACACAAACAACCCGCUAUAACUGUGCUGAAAGUCGCAUCAAGUGUAAAAAUCCUGUAACAAUCCAAAGCCAUAAGCUCAAGCAAGCAAGCUACUAACCACAGCUUUACGUACUAUUAAAAAGGGAACAACCACAAGUGGUACUUUAUGUGAAGUGAGAGGAAGUGGAUGUUUUUGGACUUUAUUUAAGCUUUUACUGUGGGGGGAAAAAAAAAA